UUAUUUUAGUGUAUAAAGAAUUCGAAAGCAGAGAAAUUUCCUGGGGGAGGCCAACGCGAUUUCACGAUUUCGAAUCUCUGAGCUCGUAAUCGGAGGGAAGUCGAAGGUGGGAAAUCAAGGUAGAAGGAGAAAGAGCUGUGAGAUCAGAUUUGAGGAAUGGAUGCGAUACGGAAACAAGCGAGCAGGCUGAGGGAACAAGUCGCGAGACAGCAGCAGGCUGUGUUCAAGCAAUUUGGAGGAGGAGGACAUGGCUCUAGUUUAUCCGAUAAUGCAGAGCUCCAUCAGCACCAGAAGCUUGAGAAGCUUUACAUAUCCACCCGUGCUGCCAAGCAUUACCAAAGAGAUAUUGUUCGUGGGGUGGAAGGUUAUAUAGUCACCGGAUCCAAACAAGUUGAAAUAGGGACGAAACUGUCUGAGGAUAGCAGGAAAUAUGGUUCAGAAAACACAUGUACAAAUGGUAACGUCUUGACUAGGGCGGCACUCAGCUAUGGCCGUGCUCGUGCACAGAUGGAGAAAGAGCGUGGGAAUAUGUUGAAGGCUCUUGGUACACAGGUUGCUGAGCCAUUAAGGGCAAUGGUCAUGGGAGCUCCAUUGGAGGAUGCUAGACAUCUUGCUCAACGUUAUGACAGAAUUCGCCAAGAAGCUGAAGCUCAGGCGACAGAAGUUGCCAGACGCCAAGCGAAGGCGAGGGAGUCACAAGGCCAUCCUGACAUCUUGACGAAACUGGAAUCUGCAGAAGCGAAACUUCAAGACCUAAAAGCAAAUAUGACAACAUUGGGGAAGGAAGCCGCUUCUGCUUUAUCUUCCGUUGAGGAUCAACAACAAAAAUUGACUCUUGAACGACUUAUAUCAAUGGUUGAAUCUGAACGUGCCUACCAUCAAAGAGUCCUCCAAAUACUUGAUCAGCUCGAAGGAGAGAUGGUAUCUGAGAGGCAACGUAUCGAAGCCCCCACUACUCCUUCCUCAAAUGCUGACAAUAUGCCGCCACCUCCAUCGUAUGAGGAAGCAAAUGGAGUGUUUGCAUCUCACAUGCACGACACAUCAACAGAUAGCAUGGGUUACUUCUUAGGAGAGGUCUUGUUCCCAUAUCACGGUGUGACAGAUGUCGAGCUGAGCUUAACAGCUGGUGAAUACGUUGUUGUUAGAAAGGUUACUGGCAACGGAUGGGCAGAAGGUGAAUGCAAAGGCAAAGCUGGUUGGUUCCCUUAUGAGUACAUUGAAAGAAGGGAACGAGUUCUUGCUAGCAAAGUCUCUGAAGUCUUUUGAGAAAACUGAAG